GCCAUGACAAGCACAAAGUUGGAUGUUACUGUAGUGGCUAAAAAAAAUGAGGAAACCAUUGACAUUAUCAUGUUGGGAAUGCUGGCUUGGAUGGAGAACUUCCUUGUUGAAAUACGAGUCCUUUUAGGAGGCCGUUAUGGCAUCUGCUUUGAGGCCAUGGAGGCCAGUUUUUCGGGUUGUCUAAAUCAUCUCAGUGGAAACAAGAACAAUAAUGUGAAAAAGUUGCAGUAG